UAGCAUCGUAUUUCAAAUGCAGAUAUCAAGCUUGUAACUGUUAGGAAUUAUGAAGUGAAGUGUUCUCAUAUAUAUCCUGACAGGCAAUAAAGGAGGCUGGUCAAUGGUAUGAAAGAGCAUGAACCGAAACACCAUAUCAAACUCUUGCCCAGUUACAGUAUAGUAAGCGUAAAGGCCACCACUUUAUCAUUCACAAUUAGAUUAACAGAACUGAGCCACGAAGCAAGAUGGCAUUACUAGGGGUGCAUCGGAGAAUCUAUAGGACCACUCAGUGUAUUGUAUUCAUACUAUCCGUUUUCGCAGACUCUUCAUCGGUUACAGACAAAAAACGUGCUGCUCCUACCGCGACCGAUGUAGAAUAUGGCGUAAUUAUCGAUGCAGGGAGUUCGGGCUCUCGGGCAAGGAUUUACACUUGGCCCAAGCGGAAUAAUUUAGAUUCUAGCAUCCAACUCAGGGAAGUUAAUAGUAAGAAAAUUAAGCCAGGAUUAAGUGAUUACGUCAAUGAUAUCCCGGGGGUUCGGCAGCAUGUCGGAAGUCUCAUUGAGGCAUGCGUGGAGAGUGUCCCCCGGGAUCUGCAGUCCCGUACCCCCAUAUAUCUCAUGGCUACUGCUGGUAUGCGUCUUCUAGCUAGUCAAGAUGCCUACAAUAUUUACCAACAAAUAGAUACUUUAUUCACAAACAAAACAUUCUGCCCGUUUGACUAUCAGAGGGGGAACUCCCGGACACUCUCUGGGGAGGAGGAGGGGGCAUUCUCCUGGAUAGCUGCUAAUCACCUCAAUGGGCUUUUUACGAGCAAAGGGUCGCCCACAGAAACAGUAGGAAUACUCGAAAUGGGCGGAGCCUCGACACAAAUUGCGUUCCUACCCUCAGGAUCAGUUCUGGCCGACAAAUUCCCCGUCUAUGUUGGUGGCAGAUACUUUGGCCUCUAUGUUCACAGUUACCUUUAUGCUGGUAUUAAUUACGCAAUGCAGAAAAUAUACGAAGGUCUUCACAGAAAUGAUACUUCGCCAUCUAAGCUCAAUAAUCCCUGCAUGCUACGAGGUGACAAGACCGAACAUACAUUUGCUGAUGGUAGAACAAUCGAGUUCAAAGGAUCCAGUGAUCCAGAAAAAUGCCAAACACUUGUGCUCAAUGAACUGGUCUACAAGGCUCCGUCAUACAAGUGUUACCCUAAACCUUGCGCAAUCGGGCAGAUAUACCAGCCCUUACUUCCGUCCAACAUGGAGUUUCAUGCCAUCCAGGGGUUCUUAUAUACAUUAAAGACUCUAGAAGUUCUCGAUGACAGCGAAUCGUUCACAUCGAGUCAACUUAAAUCAAAAGCAGACGCUUAUUGUUCACAGAGUUUACAAAGUGCGGCAAAUAACACUAGUCCAGGUACCAACCCAGCCUACCUCUCUUCAUACUGUCUGAUGGGGAUAUAUUCGAACGCCCUAUUUACAAAAGGUUAUGGGUUCGAUUCUGAGCGACGCAUCAAUGCAGCUGGAAGUAUAGGGGGAGAAGACGUGUCAUGGGCGCCCGGGGCAAUGAUAUACGAGGUCGAACGACGGGAUCGGGGGAGUUGCUCGGAUACUAGGGACGAUAAACAAGGACAUGCAGUUUCUUAUUUUCACGUGACACAAGCUACUGUCUUAACUAUUACCAUCACAGCAUCACUGGCCUAUCUGCUGUAGUUAUCAAUGGUUUGCUGCAACCUACCUCCCCUCGUUCAGCCUGUUCGGAACAUUUGUCAAAUCACAACAGUUGUGAUUGUCUCAAUAAAAAAAGUUCUUCGAUUGUAGACUUUUGACGAAUGCGUUUUAACCUAUUGACUCACACGGUUGUUUUUAAUUUGCAUGUUUUAGCUGUACUAAAUGCCUGCUAGAACAAAAAUAGUUUACAAUGACUGAAGUUUUGUUCUCUUACGAUUUCGUAACUAGAAAAGGGACCCAGUUUGUCUUUGUGAGGGGAACGGUGCAUUCGCUGUUAACUC